GUGAGUCUGUAAGACAGUACUCAGGGUGAAAAAGCUCAUCUAAUACUUCCUGCUUUCAAAUGGUGAUCUGUUGCCAAAUUUUAUUGUUAGGAAGUGAUUCUGUCUUGACACAUUCGUCGAACGUUUGAGGGUCCAAAACUAUCUGAAUCUGAGCAGUCAUUUUCCACAAUGGACAAAGAUGCUUUGCUGGCUCAUAUGCUGAAGUCAAAGGACACGUCCUCUCUUCUUGGAGGCCAGGAGCCUAUCGAGGUGAUACGUAACAAUAAGUACAUCAACCUGUUGACCUUUGGAGCAAAGCUGAAGGACGAGAAUGUUGAAGAUGACUUGCUGUCCCUUAAUCGUGCCAUCCAAAUUCUUCUUGCUGAUCAAAUCAAAACGGUUAUACUGCUCGGGUCAGAAGGAACAGGUAAAACAACAGCUUUGUGGAAGCUAGCUGUGGAUUGGGCAAAAGGUGAAGACUUUCAAAACUUUUCUUAUGUCUUCCAUUUCCGAUUCAGGGAAUUAAAUUCUCUUCAUGAGAGCCUUAAUUUGGAGAUGUUGUUGCACCAUCACAGUCAUGUCACUGAAGAAUCCAUGCCCAUAAUUCUGCAGAAACCUGAGAAUGUGUUGUUCAUGUUUGAUGAGCUAGACCAGUACAGUCACCUCCUGGACCCAUCCGUCCACAACUUGUGUUCCAACCCGAGUCAGCCAGUUUCUGUGUCCUGUUUAGUGGCCAGUCUGCUUCAUGGUUCAUUGCUAAAAGGUGCUAUAUUUGUGGUGGCAACCAGGCUGAUGGAAUCUUUCUGCUUCCAGAGUGACACCACCUUAGAACUUUUUGGAUUUCAGAAGCCCCAAAGGGAGGCUUUCUUUACUGCAUUUUUUCCUGAGCCAGCUGCUGCCAACAAAGCAUUGGCAAACUUUGAGAGAACAGUAGGUUUUUACGAUUUUUGUUCCUCCCCCAGAUUUUGUUGGACAGUUUGUUCCAUCUACAAGUCUCUGAUGGAUGCAGGAAAAACAUUGCCUGAAACAUUAUCUCAACUGUGCAUCGAGAUCCUCUUUUACCUGAUUCAGAUGUUCUCAAAGAAAGUAACGUAUGCCAGAGAGCUGGUAAUGGCUCUUGGUAGGAUGGCUUCUCAUUGCUUGAUUCACCAGUGUUCGACCUGCACCAUAGAGGAAAUGAAGUCCUUUGGCUUUCAGCAAUUUCUUGCCCCUCCAUUCUCAGUGGAUGCUUUCUUAUAUGUUGACACUGAUCUCAACUCAAGUGAAAGGGUUUUCUCCUUCCAAUCACGACUAUUUCAGGAGUUCCUCUUGGCUGUCUCUUUAUUUUUGGACAAGUCAUUGUGUGAAGGUAUGGAGAGCAUAUUACAAAAGCAUGAAGGCCAUGUAAAGUUUGUUGACUUCUUCUUGUCUGGACUCUCUGAACCAAUUCAGCGAAGGCCAUUAGAGACCCUCAUGGGGGAGUUCAGCUCUGACCGGAUUGUGGAUUUCAAAACCUGGUUUAAAAGCAGCUCACACAAGAUACUACGGGGAUACUCCAUGGAGGAACAUCUCCACUGCUUCCAUUUACUUCUUCAAAGUCAGAAUAAAAGUCUGGUGAAAGAAAUCAUCAUCUCCUCAGCACGUAUUGGCAUGAGCUACGGGGAUCUGAGCUUCACUGACUGUGUGGCACUGAAUUACGUCGUGCUAUGCCUCGGACAGAUGGAACAGUUGAAUCUAUACGGUGCAAGGGAUUUCACUGAGGAGAAAGCAUUGAUUCUGGCUCCAGCUAUGAGCGUGUCACACAAGAUAAUAUUAUCAAGCAGCUCUUUAAGUAGCGGUGCUGUCGCUCAUGUGGCUUCAGCUCUCAGUAAAGGAAUCACCAAGGAUCUGGAUCUCUCCUCUUCCCACCUGGGUGAUGCAAAGCUCAAAAUCCUCUGCACUGGACUCAGAGACUGCAAGCUCCACAAAUUAAAUGUUCAAGCAUGUGAACUGACAGAGGAGUGCUGUGAAGAUUUGAGAUCUGCCCUCACCUCUGGAACCUCUCAGUUAUGUGUGCUGAACAUGAUGUUUAAUGAGAUUGGGGACCAAGGUUUCACAAAACUGUGUCAAGUACUGCACAGUCCUCAAUGCAAACUACAGGAGCUUGAGCUACACUCCUGCAAGUUGACUGCAGCAUCCAUGGAUGUUUUGUCAGCAGCUUUGUGUUCUGGCCAGUCACAACUGCGAAAAGUCAACCUGACAUGCAAUAACAUUGGCGACGGUGGGGUGAAGGCUUUAUCCAAAUCCCUGCAACAUCCAAACUGUAAACUGGAGAGCCUCAUAUUGUUUGAUAAUCAGCUGACAGGUGGCUGUUGCCCACAUUUGAUGGAGUCCUUGCAGUCGGAGCACUGCUCACUGCUGGAACUGGAUCUGUCAGUGAAUGAUUUGGGCCAGGAGGGGGCGAUGCUUCUCUGCCAAGCCCUCGGCACACCCACAUGUCAAAUUGUGAAACUUGGCCUGGUACGGUGCAAAUUAACCCAGUUAAUCUUCAAGGAACUUGGCUUAUUGCUCAGAAGUCGGACAUUUCCACUGAAGUCCUUAUCUGUGGGACUAAAUAAAGUAGGAGACCAAGGGGUCAAACAUCUUUGGGAUGCUAUAGCACAUCCGAGCUGUCUUUUAGAGGAACUGGAUGUCGAAAUGACCGGUUUGACCGACGCUUGUGUUGAGGAUGUGUGUGCUGCCAUAAGAGCCAGUAAGUAUUUGAAGAACGUGGAAAUGAGAAACAACUCAUUGACCGAUGCGUCUGUCCAACAACUUGUCCAUGUCAUGCAGGACAGCAGCAACAUGCUGGAGAUGACCCUGAAGUACAACGACUUUUCUGAAGAAGCCUUGGAAAUACUGGAUGAAUGUAGUAAAAUAAGAUACUGAAGAAGCUGAGACUGUCCAUUCAUCCCACUGUGUGAAGAUAAGAUAAACUGUUGAUCUCACAGAGGAGAAAUUCACUGAUGAUAUGCUGCCGUGUUUGUCUUACAAUAUGUACAUUUACCACAAGAGUUUGAUUAAAUAAAUACUUUAUUCAGAAAUAUUUCAUGUUAUGUAUUUUUAAGAGACAUUCUGUUGUGAGCUUAUUUGCCUUUUACUGAGAGAAAACAGCAUCUUUAGUAAGACAGAUACAUCUUCUUUGUACGAUAUGUGAAAUAUUUCAAUAUAACAUUAUUCUUAAAUCUGUAGAUUGAUGCAAAAAAUGUUCUUCCUGAGCUUUUUACUGAAAACACAGAAAUACUAUUUCUAUUCUCCUGUAAAGUUCUGUGUAUCAGGUUCUGUCUCUGUUUAAAAAAAAAGAAAGCUUAAAUUCAUAGUAAAAGAAUAUUUUCUAAUCUAAGUGGUUUUGUGUUUCUCCAUUAAAUGAUCAUCGUGGCCAUUUUGAUGUUUCAGACUAAAACAUAGAUGUGUGAUACAUGUUACACGUCAGUAAGCUGAUUUUAAUGCUGUACUAGAAUGAAUCACAGUCCUGGAGUGUCCUCUAUUACUAUGGUUGUGAGAAUUGGAUGUGACAACUAGAUGCUACGUCUCUUUGAAGUAUACUUGGGUACCAUUGGAAUGCCUUUGUGUCAAAGGAAAGGUUAUGUAGGGAAACCAAGAUGGGGAGUAGCACGUG